AUGCCUCCCAAAGGUGCAUCCACCGCCGUCAACCCCAUCAGACUACAAACGGUCUCCCGGAUAAAGAUCAGACACCCGGACAAAGCAGAGCCGAAUCCAUGCCUAGGACCCAUGAGCGCCAUGUUAACCCUGAUACCCAUGACAAAGAUAAACGCUAUGUCUAGCAGUUUAACUGGAUGGGAAUGCACUGUAGCAAAAGGUUGA